UUUGUGUUUCGCCAGGUUUUUGCACGAUUUCUCUAGUCGGAAAGGCGAAUGUACUGUGGCAACCGAAAGCUGAAAACGUUGAAAUACGCAAGCGAAAUAUCGAAAGACUUAGAAUGACGUCCCGCAACAUGCUUUGGAAAAAGAACCAAUCGAAAGAGUAACCGAGGUUUUCUUCCUCGGUAAUUUAAUUCUCACAGGUUUGAUUUUCCUCCCAGAAUUUCCGUGGCGGGGAGAGAGGAUUCCUUGAAGAGUGUUACUGUUGUAGCGGUUGACGACAUCUCGUCGAGUGGAUUGGAAAUAUUAUCGGCUUUUACUCACACCAUGAUCUGUCCGCUUCAAGUACAUCCCGUUUGUGGAUUGUCGUCGCGUACUCUCGUAUUUUUGGCGGCGGAAUAAUGGUUAUUUUAGCACUGUAUUAAUAUUGUCAACUGCCGACCAUUUAGCGUCGAGGGAACAACUCGGUCUCCUGAGAAAUAAACGGCGACUAGGAUACCUUAUCAUUAUAGGAACGGAGAUCAGAACGAAUAAUCCUGGUGGCUUUAUCCUGUGUUUACAUUCUACGAAACAGAAAUAUGGCAUUAAGACUUCAACGAUCGUUUAUAUUGCAACGGUUUCAGAGACCGCGAACGCUGUGCCCUCAUGUUUUUUUAGUGACCUCCGUGUUGCUGUGCGGAGCUGUGAACUUCCUUGCCGAGUUCGACGGCAAGACAUCGUCUUUAGUGGCUGGCGGCGCUAGAACUGUUCGCAAGCAGCGAUUACUGUUAAGUGUCAAUGAAAGCAGUUCGAACGAUAAAGGAGAAUAUCCUCCUGAUAUUUUCACUCUGGAAGAGAAACGAAAAGGAGCUGUAAUUUUGCACAUAAUCGGUAUGUGUUACAUGUUCUUGGCGUUGUCAAUCGCUUGCGACGAAUUCUUCAUCCCUGCGUUAGCUGUUAUCACCGAAAAAUUAAGCAUUUCAGAGGAUGUUGCGGGUGCUACGUUUAUGGCAGCCGGCGGCAGUAUGCCCGAACUUUGUACGUCGUUCAUUGGGGUUUUCGUCGCACCUAAUUCUAAUGUUGGUUUUGGAACUAUAGUUGGAUCUGCAGUUUUCAACGUCUUGUUUGUUAUAGGCAUGUGUGCGGUGUUCUCAAAGGAGCUUUUAAAAUUAACAUGGUGGCCUCUGUUUCGCGACUGUAUGUUCUACAGUGUGGCUCUGAUCAUAUUAAUAGCAUUUUUCUCGAACGGAGAGAUCGAAUGGUGGGAAUCAUUGGUGAUGAUUACAGUUUAUUUAUUAUACGUGACAUUUAUGAAAUUCAACCACAAAAUAGAGAAAUUAGUGAAAAGUAAGCUUAAAUCGAACAAAGUGAGCUCUUUGCACUCUAAAGGAGCCAAAGGCGGUGAACAAGAUUCUUCUCUUGAGAAGGCGGUGGAAAACCUUUGCACAACAUCCAAGGAGAGCAAUGGUCUUCCCUGUUUCCGCUAUGGAGCUCUUCAGCUUGUGAUUCAUACUAUAGAUCCUCUUGGAGAAGCAUCUGUUGCAGUGAAAGUCAACAAACUCAAGAAACUCAAAUGUGUUAAAGUCAAAGUUGGGAUAGAGAGAGACUCGUCUGUUAUAUCUUCAACUCAAGAUGUGAAUAAAUUCUCUUCUUUGGAAAAUCAAAGACAACUUAAUUUUCCAGCUGUAAAUAGUUCCAUGAAUGUUCAAGUAGACUCAGCCCAGGCUUCAUCGUUUGGCAAUCACACAGUUAAUCUUGAUGGCUAUAGUGCUUUUGAUGGACAGAGAAGAGACUCGUCAUAUCAGAUUAAAAAUGGAGAUGUAACAUCCAGGGAUUCUAGUUUAGCUAAUGGGGAUUCCAGUCUUCCUCUUGUAAAUAUUGUCCCUGAUGAAAAUCAUGUACCUGGUAGGGUACUUGACAUGAGUGAACAUAGUAGUAAUGUCUAUAGAACUUCAACAGAGUCGCCAAGCUCACAAACAACAGGGUUACAGCUUUCUUCUCAUCAACAAUUAGUAGACGUUGAGAGUGCCAGAGAGGCUGCUCUGGACGAUGAGAGUGAACCCAUAGAUUUAAGCUGGCCUUCAGGCUGGAAAGAUAGAAUAGUUUAUAUCAUAAGAGCGCCUGUUGUGUUCUGUAUGUAUUACACAGCUCAGGAUAUCAAAAGACCAGGAAAAAGGUACUUGUAUCUUUGGUGUUUUGUCUGGUCCAUGCUUUGGAUCGUUGGGUUUUCUUAUUUAAUGGUUUGGUGGGCGACUGAAGUUGGAAGUACUCUUGGGAUUGAAACAGAGAUCAUGGGAUUAACAUUCUUAGCAGCAGGAACCAGUAUACCUGAUCUGAUUACUAGUGUUUUAGUGGCAAGGAAAGGCUUUGGUGACAUGGCUGUGUCUAGUUCUAUUGGCAGCAACUUGUUUGAUGUCACAAUAGGGCUGCCUCUACCAUGGUUGAUUUACAGUGCUGCAAAUGUUGGCAAGGCUAUGGUUGUCAACAGCACAGGUCUCUUCUGUUCUGUGUUUUUGCUCUUCAUCAUGUUGAUAGCUGUAGUUAUCGCAAUUGCUGUCAGUAAAUGGAGAUUGUCCAAACUGCUUGGUGGUGCCAUGUUCCAGCUCUAUGUUGUUUUCCUUGUCAUAUCAUUGUUGUUGUUGAAGGAUGUCAUUAAAUGCCCAGACAUAUAAAGAAUAAAUUUUUUCAAGAGGGAUUCUGCAUUUCCAUUUUCUCCACAUCUCUGGCAGGCUUUCAUAAGCAGUCUUUCACAUCAGUGCACCAUACAGAUAUCUGCACUCAAAUCUUGUUGUACCUUUGUCACUCUCAACAACAUAGAACAAAUAAAUCUGGUAUCCCUGUAGAUGUAUUUAUAUUUUAGAAUAUUUAGUGGUGCUUCAUGGAUUAGCAUUUAAUAUGUUUUGUACAAAAAAAAUUUGUAUCUCUCUGUACAGAAUGAUAUGCAUACAUUUUUCCACUUUGCACUCUGUUUGGUGCAUUUAUUUUCUUAUUUAUUUAUUGAAAUGGUGGCCACCCAAGUUGUUUUUGUCGUUCAUUUUGUAGCCAACCUAUGAUUUCUGUGUUUUCAACAACUUUGAAGAAUGUCACUCCAAGUGAUAGCCAAACCUUACCACUUAUUCCAGUAUUUUCCAUAUGCUUCAAGAUGACACCAAUUCCGGAUGUAAAAGAUGAAGCAAGUUGCAAUGUGUAAUUUGUUAGAAAAACUUUAAGGUAGUGACAUGAAAUCACUGUAUACAAGCAUAAGAUUUGACCUUUUCAGCCUGUAGGGAUUCAACUGUAAAUGCAUUCAGAGUGUAAAUCACUAACUGGUAUUUUGGAUUUUUUAAAAAAUGCAGUCAUUUCUUCUCCAUUUUGACUUCACAACUUGUUCACUUGAACUAAUGCAGAGAGAAAGGCUGAGUUAGCACCCUCCUCUGUAGAAGAUCAACAAAUUCUCAGUUAAGAAUGAAUAUCUUAUUUAUUGAUCACCUUUUAAGAUAGAGAAAAAACGUUUUAGAAAGUUUUCAUGAGCUGUAACUUAGUGUACAUAAAUUAUGGAAAUAUUAUGGUUACAGUCAAACUAUUUAUUUGUGAUUCUAAUUACUAGUGUUGUUAAUAGUUAGUUGAUUACAGAAGAACUUCAUCAGUCAAGAAUAUAAAGUAAUUGGAUGGUGACUGCAAACCUUAUUUAAGACUUGAAUUGAUGGAAGAUUAAUUGACUUAGAAUUUAUUGAUUCAGAAAUAAACAAUCCACUUGCAACACAAUAAAACUUCUCUUAAAUUUU